AUGGCUGAAACGGCAUUUCGGAAAAUCGACAUUGAUAUCUACGACGAAGACGUUCUACAGGAUGAAGAAUUAGUAGAUGCCGACCCAAGAGAUCCUGUGCAGGUUCUAAAUGACGCCAAACAACGUCAGGCUGCUGUCCGUAGUGCGCUUUCUCGGAGUGAUAUUCUCGGCGCGCUCAACACGGUACUGGAGAAUGCGCCUUACGGACCGAAUGUCGAGGAAGCAAAGACUGUCACCCUCCAGACUCUCCUCACGAUCCUAAACACGACCAAAGCUGCUGAGAUUCCUGGUGUCAUCAAAGGCCUCUCGCAGGACAAUCAAGACACGCUUAUGAAGUACCUCUACAAGGGGAUGGCGAUGCCGGGCUGGGGCGACAUAAGUGGAAGCGUGCUACUGGGCUGGCACGAGAAGUUGACUGAGGUGGCGGGCACAGGGUGCAUAGUACGCACGAUGACCGACAGAAGAACCGUUUGA